AUGGCCUCCAGCACAGCCCAGAGCGCGAGUUCGCCUUGUGAAACCGAGAUGCAUAGUCCCUUGCAGGAAACGGCCGACCCAGACAAGGUCUUUGUCCUAUGCCGUCCACUGAGCGACGACGCCGACACUCCUGCCCAGUGGCAGAUCAGCGAAGACGAAGCACGCGAAAUGAUCAAAGACGCACCGAUGCCGAGCCACAACGAUCCCCGUGCCGGUCGCCCACACCCACAUUACGAUCGCGAAGGGUUCUUUACAGAAGAAAUGGCAGGGCUGGCAGAGUUGUCCGAUGCUGCGCCGCACAAUGAGAAGCGCGCAAAACUCUGGGCAUACCCGGCGUGUCGGUUUGACUACACACGAUCCGACGGCGACCCCGGACCCCAUCGGAUCAUCACGGAUCAGUACAAGAAUAUCCUGGGGGUAGUCUCGCACCCAGUCGGUAACAAGUCAAAGUUUGUCUGCGCCAAAGUGAGACUGUUGGCGCAAUCUAGAACCUGCCUUUCUUUGUCUCCGUCGGCAAAGACGAAGACGUCUCCCGAUGGUUGGAUAUCGUUCAUGGGGAGGCGCAAGAGACCGUCACCUGCUAAGGGGGGAAAUCCCUUGGGUAGCGAGUAUCACACACCAUGUAUCAGCAACGUCCAAGGAUAUGGUAACGAUGGGCUCAUCUGCGAACCAGUCUACUUCCUCUCCGCGACGAUGCCCCUGCCCAAUCCAAUCCCAAAGCUCCAUCUCCAGCAACCCGAUGAAUCUCCUUCCGAAGAAGACUACGAUAACCUGAUGUCGAACACAUGGCAGGUUUUCAAGGAGUACCUUGAGAACGACGACAAGCUUACCCUUCACAAAGCAGCCUUGAGACUCUACAACGUCAUCCCAGAUGAUGAGCGCGGGUCCUGGGCGGAGACUCAUGUCAUGGGCGUCCUUCACGAGGUGGCGGAGCAAAUUCCCUACUGGCACCCAGGCCAAAAAAAGCUGGUACGCCUGGUCGAGAGACUUGUCGACAGCGGCUGCCUGAGUGAGCGUUUCCGUGUGGAGGGCACAAUGCCGCAGACAGAGUCGCUGGGGGAGUUUCGAGAAGAAGCCCGCAGACGCACCGAUAAUAGCCUUGUGAUGGAUCCCAGGAACUGGGCCAAAGUGAAGGGCUUAGUGAACACCUGCGCGUUCCUAGGCCGUCUUUCCGCAGCCGGGGUUCUCAACUGCAGCGAUUUCAUGAUCUGGUGCAUGAAAGACGCUCUGGAGCGACCGGAUAUGCCCCCCGAGCGCUGGAAUCUCUAUCUUUCCACAUCGGCAGUAUGGAUCUUGACUGGCGGGCACUUGUUCUUCCACGAGGUGGUUCUGGAUCGCGUGCCCUGCAACGACCGCGACCAGCCGGCCUUCAAAGCAGACGGGCUCUACAAGGGCGCCAUCUUUGGCCUCGACCGCUGGCGCUUCUGGCAGUCUAGGCUGGCUCAGCUUGCUAAUGACCGUACUCUCAAUGUCACCCAGGAGGGUAGCGGACUUGCCCGCAAGGCUGCGGCGUAUAUGGCCGCUCUGGCGGACAACGUGGAGUGGUAG